UAUCUCUCUUUAGAUGCGUUGGUGGACUCGCUCGUCUAACCUUCAGAGUAGUAUUACCUCCUAUUCAGUUUCCCUAUUAUCAUCGCUGGGUAAGCACAUUAUCUCCAACCUAAAAACGUCAACAUUCGACAUCUCAGCAUCUCAGCAUCAUGGCAUAGAUCGCUUAUCCUUACUGAAAUCAUUAUGCUGUAGGUAACUAGAGUUCCUGGGACCUUAGCCAUCGACGUCGCCUUGACGUCAUAGAUGUAUACUUGGCAAACCAGAUAGAUUCAUGACAUUGUCAAAUAGAGAGUUAUGCUACUAGAUAAUUCGCAUGAUUCGGCGCAUAUUGAAGCGCUUUCCAUCUUCUCCAAUCAUCUCAUCGCAUAUUGAAAAAAAAUGUUUGGUUCCAGUAACUCAUUCGACCCCAACACCGACGUCCCGGACCUGAGCGGAAAGGUCUUCGUAGUAACGGGCGGCAGCGCCGGCAUCGGAUACGGAAUCUCAGCCCAUAUCCUCCAGCACGGUCCCGAAAAGCUAUAUCUUCUCGGUAAAAAAGAGGAACAUCUAGACGAGGCUAAGGAGAAUCUCAAAAAGUACGGUGACGUCUCGCGUGUCGAGUUCAUCAAGUGCGAGCUUGAGGAUCUUAAGCAAACGGACGAAGUUUCGCAAGAAUUGGCAUCUAAACUCGAACACCUCGACGCCCUCGUUCUCAAUGCCGGAAUCGGCGUAGGGAAAUACAAUGAAACCAAAGACGGCCUGGACAGCCACAUGCAAGUCAACGUGAUUGCGCAGCAUCACCUCGCGCGGAUUUUGCUUCCGAGGCUGAUUGCAACACGCAACAGCCGCCUAUGCUUCCAAUCUUCUGAAAUGCAUCGCUUGAGCGAUAGCAAUGUCAUGUUUAAAGACGUCGCGGAGAUCAACCAGGAUAUCGGACCUAACCAGCUAUACUGCCGCAGCAAGCUUGCACAAAUACUGCUCUGCAAGGCGUUUUAUCGACGCAAGCAGCAUGGCGAGUUAGGACUUGUGCCCGGAAUGGGACCAUGGAUCAACGCUACGCACCCUGGAGGAGUGAAUACAGACCAGCCAGAUCAGGCUGUAGACGCAUAUGGAACCAUACGCAGUAUGAUUAUUCAGGCCGUAAGGCCGUUCAUGAAGGAACCGGUCGACCAAGGUUGCCGACCCAUAUUAUUCGCUGCGACGAGCGAUGCAAUCGUGGAUGAGAAAAUUGAUGGCCAUUAUAUCAUACCAGACAGGAAGGUUUCGGAUGUUAGUAGUCAGGCUAAGGACGAGGGGCUUCAGGAGAGGUGCUGGAGUUUAGUGGAGGGGAUUUUGAAGGAUAAAUUGGAAAAUCUGCCUUAUAGCACGAACUAAGAAGGAGCUACAUUCGUUAAGUUAUUGCUUAACUUUUUUAUUGUAUUGAAAGCGCUUCGCGAGCUAUUCCACAGUGAUGAAAUAUAAGAAAUUACAUGGUAGCUGGUAUUUCAGAUCUGACG